CAUCUGGAGCACUUGAAACUGAUCCUGGAUUUGUUCGACAAAGUUGGUCUCGCCGUUAAUCCUAAGAAAACAUUUGUCAGAUACCCCUCUAUCAAUAUUCUUGGCUUCACUAUCGACGGAUACGGUAAAGCUAUCACGGAGGAACGCGUGGAAGCGAUCCGUAAGCUGAAAAUGCCGGAAACACUGGGUGCCCUCGAAACAUACAUCGGCAUGACAAGCUACCUUUCUCAUUACAUCCCCUACUACGCACAAAAGAUCAAACCAUUG